AAGGGAGAAAGAUGGCGCCCACACACGUACUGAGAUGCUGUCAACGGGGCUUAGCAUGGAUACCUGUGAUUUUUAUCGCCCUGGUCGUCUGCUGGUCGUAUUACGCCUACGUGGUGGAGCUUUGUAUAUUCACCAUCCCCAGUAUAGGAGAGCAGAUUGUCUACUUGAUCUUCUUCCACCUCUCUUUCAUCAUGUUUGUGUGGUCUUACUGGAAGACCAUCUUCACUCAGCCUGCCAACCCCUCCAAAGAGUUCUGCCUGCCCAAGGCUGAGAAGGAGCGCUAUGAGAAGGAAGAGAGGCCAGAGUCCCAGCAAGAGAUCCUGUGGAGAGCCGCAACCAGUCUGCCUCUGUAUACCCGCACAGGAGCUGGAGCAAUCCGUUACUGUGACCGCUGUCAAGUUAUCAAGCCAGACCGCUGUCAUCACUGCUCCGCCUGUGACAUGUGUGUGUUGAAGAUGGACCACCACUGUCCCUGGGUGAACAACUGUGUGGGAUUCUCCAACUACAAGUUUUUCAUCCUCUUCCUGGCUUACUCGCUGGUGUACUGUUUAUUCAUUGCAGCCACUGUGCUGCAAUAUUUCAUAAAGUUUUGGACACUUUGCCGGAGGAAAUCGGCAGAGAACUGCCCAAAGAAUGAGCUGCCAGACACUCACGCCAAAUUCCAUGUCUUGUUUCUCUUUUUUGUGGCGGCCAUGUUCUGCAUCAGUAUUCUGUCCCUCUUCAGCUACCACCUGUGGCUCGUGGGGAAGAACAGGUCCACUAUAGAGGCUUUUAGAGCACCAGUCUUUAGGACGGGCUCUGAUAAGAACGGCUUCUCUCUGGGUUUCCGGAAGAAUAUCGCUCAGGUCUUUGGAGACCAGAAGAAGUACUGGCUGCUGCCCGUCUUCACCAGUCAGGGAGAUGGUCUGACGUUCCCUACACGGCUGGUCAACGCUGAUGUAGAGCAGGCCACGGUGACCCUGCAGCCUGAGCCCAGUAAAAGUGCUGCUGAUGUCCCUGUGAGCCCCGUCAGCGAGUCGCAGGAUCGCCUCCUGAGCAACGACCAGCAUGCCAACAACAUCGGAGACCAUCAGGCUAAUAACACCCUCAAAUCAGCUGAAAGUGAAACUAUUACAAUCUCCCUGGAGAGCGAGUCCUAACCAGGAGAAACUCCUCAGUCAUCUAAUACGAUGCCUUAAGCAACGCAACAGUUAUGUUUGUCACCGUGGCAACAGUCUCCCAGCGCAACCCCAUCCCCACAGACCCAUUCACAGUAACUAUGGAAAUGCUUUUUUUUAAUUUUUUUUGGCCCAUCACAGCACAGUAAUGCAUCUAUGGCACUGGCGUCUUGGCAUGCAGUGUCAGAAGCAAAUCUCACACCUGCCCUCACAGGACAUGUGAUACAAGCUUGUUCCUCCUCUCUCACACACACACACACACACAUGCUAACACUCAUACAUUCAGCUGUAUACAUAUUUCCUCGUGCUGUUUUGUUUUUCUCACAAGUGGAGCAUUUAUCGCUGAUGGAAAAAAAAAAUCAAGAAUCCUGGAAGGAAUCUGAGCUACUUUUGGUGUUUAAUGAGAGAACUUUUUGGUGCCAAAAGCUUCCUGGGUGCACUUGGACUCAUUUUAUAGUUGCAAAGCUGCAGUGAAGAGUUGGGGACAAGCUGGAGAAGUAUUUGUUUGAACAUUUAUGUUUUUAGGAAGGCAGUACAUCCCGAGGAGAUGGAUCAGUUUACCUGCGUGAUAGGUUUUUUUUGUCAUUUAUUUUUAACUCAUAAUGUUGGAGCGCAUCUGUGAUCCGCAACUUGAGAUGGAUGUUUCCCACCAAAAACCUGGACUAUCUCACAGAGGACUCUUCUGCACGGUUCAGCGGACUGGACCCCGUGCACAACAGGGAAGACUGUUGCCAGGUUUUGGAUGGCGACUUGGAUAUCAGAGCACAAGGUGGCACAUUUGCACUUUGUAGAUUAUCAAUGUCCAUCAAACAACGUGCUGCUUUUUUUUUUUUCUUAAAUCAUAUCCAAAAAGCAUCCCAGGUAUAAUGGAUGUUGGAUGAUCAUGUGAUUUAUGGCAUAUUGUUUGUGUGUAACAGUUGAAGUGGCAGUCUACUAACAACUAAAAGAAUCAGCUUGAUGUGUUUUCGUGGCCAACCUGUGUUGCUGCUUACUAACGAACAGUCUGAUCUGGGAGAUGCGUUUCAAACAAUGUGCAGCGUCCGUCACUUCCUGUUCUUUUUAGAAUCAUAUGUAAGUAUGCUGACUGGUGAUUCGCAGCCCGCAAUGUCUACCGCCUGUUUUUUCUACAGCUCAGUGCUUCAGCCUUUACUAAGACACCAACACUCAUUGCCAAAUAAGGGCUGACCUGUCAGGAGCUCUGACCUCUGAACCUGAAGUGUUUACAGCAUCCUAGCUUUAUCUAAACCUCACUGGCCAAUAUCAUCAUGACCAAAUUCUAUUAACCAAUCUGUGUGGCGCAAUAUUUUCUACAAGGUUUGUCUGUCCCUCCUGCCCGUAGCGGGUCAUGAUGUCCUUGCAAUACCAGUGCUGGCCGGCAGGUGGCGACACAGCUCCUGUUAUCUGCCCUCAUUCAGAUGGAGGUCUUUCUGAACUUUAUCAACAUGUGGCUCAGGGCUCAAUUCACUUUCAGUCUAAUUUGCAGGUGCAGCUUUCUUCAGAAUUAAAUCUUCUCACAACAUGCAAUUAAUAUGCAUUUUUUUCCUGUAACAACUCAUCUAGGAUUUCAUUUGGAAUGAAAGUGAAUUGAACCCACCUGAUCUUAUGUGAAACAGGUGUCGACUACAGCUUCUUCUCACUUCAUCUACUCUGUAUGUACCUGGGGGUCAGCUCAGUGUUGUGACCUUGAACUGUUAAAGGAGCCUCAGUUUGUGUUAAACUGUUUUAUUGUGUCAGUGUUGAACACCUGGGAUGUGACAGUGACUCAGAGGGUCGAACAAAAUCUGUAUCUUAAUUAGAUUUCAGGACACAUACAUGCAUAUCUGUUAAAAACUGGACAGUUUCGUCAGUAUAACCAAAUAACAGCUGUUCAGGAUUAAGUUCUUUUACCAAGGAAUUUUGUUAUUUAUUAUGCAACCUUCCGACUCACAUCGGAGGGAGACCCAGCAAAUGAUGUCUGUCAUCACUCGUGUCUGUCUGAUCACAUCCCUGACUGUCGCUGGAAGAGCCUCCUACUAACUAGAUCCCACCCGACUCUGGUGAUGUAAAAGUUUACAGCUGUUUCUAUCGUGCUGAGUGAGCUAGUGGUGUCGUACGGUGUGUUUCUCAGUAAUCAUUGUGCUGAAUGUACCACAGAUGGGACAGUGUGGGGGGAUCUGAUCGAAUGAUUGGAGCGUUAAAAACAGCCUUCUCUUUGGACUUUAUGUUUACGUUUCAUCCUUCCAAUCAUGUUUGAUCUUUUGAGCCCGAGUGUAUUUAUAAGUACUCUUUACAAAGCAGUGAUUGGAGGACAUUUGUUCAUGGUGGCUGAGUAUCAGAAUCACACUGUGGUUUAAUCUUUAGCAGAUUAAAUUACGGUCAGAGAUCACGAUCCAAGCCAAGGUUCUGAUCAUGUGUAGAUCUUUUUUAAACCUCACAAUUUAAACAUUUAGUUAAAAAAAAACAUUAAAAAAAAAGACAAAAAUAUUUCUUUGUCACCUUUAAGGAGCCUGGUUCGUUCCCCUCAUCACUU